GGCAUCUUUGCAGACUUUAUCCAAGUUUAUAAUAAAAAUUUAUAAACAUUCGCAAUUUAUAAAAGCAUACGCCAAAAAACCACUUAAAGAAGUUUGGAAUUUUUAAAAUAUUUACAUCAUCUGGCUAAAUAAAAAAAUACUAACGAUUUUAGUCUGGCCAAACGAUUGUCUUAUUGAAAUGCUACCUACUAGUAUUGCCAAAAUGCAAUAUUUUUGUCGUACUUGCCUUAAAGAGCUACCGCCCUCCACAUCUAAACAACAAAACGAAUCCUUACGUGAUCUACAACGCGAUGAAAAUUUGGUUAAGAGCUUGCAUAUUGCCACAGGCAUUGAUGUUAAUAUUACGGAUGACUAUCCUAAACAACUGUGUCUAAGCUGCUACAAGAAGAUAAUGGCAUUCGAUGAUUUCCGUGAGACGGCGUUGUGUUGUGCGCUUGCUUUACAUGAGCUACUUCUGGAGGAGGUUUUUUCAAAGAACACACAGAAUAAUUUGCAAUAUUUUUGCAGCACCUGCCUAAGUCAAAUGCAAGCGUUGGAUAAUACUUCCAAACAGAUGAAUAGUGGGGAAGUGCAACGAUGGAUGAAGGAAUACGAGGAGUUAAAAAAGUGUACCGGUGUUCAGUAUUGGCCGAACGGCCUUUGUGAACAAUGCUGCGAGAAAUUGGACCGCUUCUUGGAAUUUCAGCGUAUAGCUAAAUGUUCACUAAUGCAAUUAGAUAAGGUACUACAUGAGAAGCAAAAUAAUAGCCAGGAUAAGGUGUUGAUUGCUGGAGGAAAAAAUACCGAUAAGCGUGAGACUAAAAAAAAGUGAUCAAUUGUCCCGUUGAAAAUGAAGAUCUAAAAAAUUCCAUCCCACAUGAAAGUGAGAAUACCAGAAAAUAUUUUCAAUGAAUUAUAGCGGCAAUAUAGACUUCAAAAUAAAAAAUUCUUUAGAGUCUAAGGAAGUGAGCACAAGCUCUGCCGUAAUGACGAAGUGCUUGUCCGAACCUGUUGUUAUUCGAGGUAUUUCAGACAGGUGAUUAUGUUUAAUAUGUUAUGACCAUACAAGCUGCAAAAGUUAAUUGUUGAAAUUUAUAAUAGUAUAUAAUGUAUAUAUUAACAAUAAAAAACACAAAUAUA